CCCCGCAGCGUGCCCAGGACACGCUCAGGGGGCCCCGUGCGAGGUCUCUCGCUUACUUUUGGACUUGGACAGACCUAAUCUGUGAAGAUAAUUAAAGUUCCUGUGCUCUGGAUGCUGCCGGGCCAUGCCGCCGCUGCCGGGCGCGGAGCGGGUGCGGAGCGCGGUGCGGCUGUACCGGUACCUGCUGCGCUGCUGCCGCCGCCUGCCCGAGGGGAGCGUCCGCCAGCACUACCGACACGCCAUCCGCCAGAGUUUCAAAGUUCAUGCUGAUGAAGAUGACCCUGAGCGAAUCCAGCAGAUCAUUAAAAGAGCCAUUGAAGAUGCUGACUGGGUGAUGAAUAAAUAUGAAAAACAGAAGAAGAGGAAGGAUGAAGACAAGAAGGACACUGGUUCUUUGGUGACGAGGCUCCCCUGCAUCAGCCACUGUGCAUUUCGGUGACUGAGCAGUUCAGCUCGUGUGUGUGACACUGAUGGCAGCUGUCACUCUGAGAGGCCACAUCAUCCUCUGUGGGGACCAGAGGUGUGUUCACAGUGAAGCAGAGGUAUGACCAGAGCACAGGGCUGGGUUUGAUCCAACAGCAAACUCAAAAGCCUGGGCUGCCAAGGGGAGAACAUGCCACGAGAACUUUCUGAAGGCUGAACCACAGUAAUUUCCACUUGCCUGUCCAUGCUACGGCCACAUCUUCCCUCUGCUCUGUGGGCUGUUGGACUGCUGGCUGUCUCAGUAAAGUCAGGGGCUGUCACUGCUCUCUGAGCUGCCACGGGAGCAGCCCCUGAAGGGUCAGGAACAGCCCCUGCUGGGUCGGGAACA